AUUAUACUUACAACAUCUCCAAUAAACGCCAUUUCUCUAGUAUCUAAAAACGAACUAUUGCAGAAAAAUUAUCAAAUAUUUCCUAAAAUAUUUGUAAUGUUAUUCUGUAGUGAUGAUAGAGAAUCGAAGAUAAUAUGUAAUGCACAUAUGUAUUAGGCUAUCUGAAACACACGUGCAAUGAGAAUGAGGAAAGUGACACCACGGACGGAGCGGAACCAAUCAUUGUUCCGGUUUAACAGCUGCUUCUAUCGUAUACACAUCGUACUGAGUACGAUAUCAAUGAUACCAUUAGAAUAGUUUUUUUUAUAAUUCUUUCGUGUUGUUUCCUUCAAGGACAUAUUAAAAAAUAUUCUCGACAAAAAUGGUUGACGUAAAGAAUGAAGAUAUUCACGAAAGCGUAGUAAAACUAAUAGACGAUAUCCACUAUGGUGACAUCAAGGGCACAUAUAAUAUCGUGGUGGCAACUAUGUCGGUUUUAAAAGAAAUUAUAAACAAUUCUGAGUGGACUACUGCAAAGAAUCUUAUGGACGUAAUAAGACUUAAUGGAAAAUACUUAGUAGAAUCAAUUCCUCUUGAAUCCUGUAUUGGAAACAUGGUCAGGAGGAUAUUAAAAAUAAUUCGAGAGGAAUAUACUUCGGGACUGCAAAAUAAAAUAGAGGAAACAGAUCCACAAGAGUCUUUGCAUAAAAUUCUCACUGCAGAGAGUGAUCAACAUGUUGAUUUUAAAGAAUCUGUGCCUUCUUUGAAAUUAGCUCUUAUGGAUCACAUUAAUGAAUUUGAAGUUGAAUUAGAGACAUGUGCUGAAAAUAUUACAAGUUUAGCUCCUGAACACAUUCAUUCUAAUGAAAUUAUUAUGACAAUUGGUAAAUCCAAUUUAGUAGAAGAAUUUUUUAAGAAGGCUGCUGCGACAAGAGCAUUUGAAGUUAUAGUAGCUGAAGGUGGACCAUCUUUGGAUGGUCAUGAAAUGGCAGUCAAUCUUGCGAAAGCAAAAAUUAAGACUACAUUAAUAUCGGACGUAGCAAUUUUUGCAAUGAUGUCACGUGUAAAUAAAGUAAUAAUUGGUACACACACAGUUAUGGCAAAUGGAGGGCUGAGAGCAAUUUCUGGCUCGCACACUGUUGCUCAGGCUGCAAAACAUUAUUCUGUUCCAGUAAUGGUGUUAUUGCCACUGUAUAAAUUGUGUCCAUUAUAUCUCUGUUCUCACGAACAGGAUGGGUUUAAUAAACAUGUUUCUCCAAUGAAAGGUGUAAUCAAUGGUGCCAAUGCGCAAUUACUAGAGAGGAUUCACAUAUACAAUCCAGUUUUUGAUUAUGUACCACCAGAGUUGGUCACAUUAUUUAUUUCGAAUACGGGUGGAAAUGCACCAUCAUAUGUCUAUAGAUUACUUAGUGAAUUGUACCAUCCAGAUGAUUAUGAUUUAUAACAUAUUCACAUGUUUGUGUACAAUAUUUCACCAUAAACAACGCACAUUGUUUUUAAAGAAGAGAAUCUUUUUACGUGAAGUGGUACAAUAAAAAUAAUUAAUCCGAGAAUGUUUUUUUAAGUAACAGAAAUCUAUUUACAAGAUAACAUAUGUACAAGUAGAUAUAAAUUUAUUUUACAAAAUGCA